AUGCCGCCCUCGCUCCUGUCGCUCCCCGACGAGCUUCUCGACCCCGUCGUCGACCAGGCCGCCGGGGAGUACGCGCCGAGGCUGUACAAGGAGCGUCAAGAAACCUGUCGGGCCCUGUCGCUCGUCAACAAGCGCGUCGGCGCCGUCGCCCAGCCGAAGCUCGUCGAGGUCGUGCACGCCUUUGCGUUCACGCCGUUCAGCUUUCGGGCCCGGCUCAAGCCUCAGCAGGUCCCUCGGCGCAACCGCGUGAGGACGCUCUGGCUCGACGGCGUCGGCUUGAACGGUUCAGUCGAUGGCUUCCUGUCGUUCGCCGCCGUUCGCGACCUCACGCCGCCCGGCUCUCGAAUCGGGCUCAAGCCUGAGGAGGUGCCGCAGAAGAACCGUGUGAGGACGCUGUGGCUCGAGGGCGUCGGCCUGCACUGCCCAGUCGAUGGCUUCCUGUCGUUCGCCGCCGUUCGCGACCUGCGGCUCACAAUGAUUCAUGGCGUCCGGCUCGAGGACCUCGGCCAGCUACCAGAGCUUCGCACGCUCGUCCUCUCGCUCGGCGACUUCACGAGCAACAUGCCCUUGAUCGCGCCCAGGCUUGAGCGCCUCGCCAUCUCGAGCUGCGACUUCAGCCGUCCAGUCGGCAUGAAGUCCUUUACCGCAAAGGGCUGUCCUUCUCUGCGGCACCUGUACGCCGCCAUGUCGCCAAAGCCACGGCCGCUGUGGACGCGCGACCUCGUCGCUCGAGUCGACACGUUGGGCGUCAAGAUCUACUACGACUACCCGCAGCGGUGCUCGUGGACUAGCAUCGUCGGCCCUGGCGAUGGCCCAGAAGACGAGGUGUUUCUCGACAACGUGCUGUUCGACCUGCUGUGGUGCGAGAUCGACCACCAGUUCGAGCCCAAGAGGGAGAUUGAGCACCUUCGCCUUCAUGUCAGCAGUGAGUCGAUACAGGUCGACUCGACACUGCUGGGUAAACAACUCGCCAUCUUCGCCGGCCACCUGUCGACGGCCUACCCGGCCCUCAAGAGCCUGUACCUCCCGCUCGCCCUCGACACCUCGCGCGUCAUGCAUCGGCGCGAGCUGUCCGACGCCGUCGAGAAGCUCGUCGCGGCAUGCACGAGGCCGCACGUCGAGGUCGUGUUCGAGCACGUGCUCGAGGCCGACGAGAAUCGCGAGGACCGCGCGUCGCCGCACUUUGAGGCGCACUGCAGGCGCAUCAAGGCCGAGCGGGCGGCGUCGAGGGCGAGCUUGACGAUGGGCGGCGCGAGUGCGGCGCGCUGA